ACUUCCUGUUUUCUACGGGAGUCACAUAGCCCAAGCUCCUUUCAUUUCAACUGUAUGUUCACCCUUUUCUUGUUCUUUAUUCGCGCUACAUUGUUUUUCACAAGUCUGUCUAACCGGCUCCCAGAUUCUUCUCUCUUUGCGUAAGUCGAGGACUUGGAAAUGCACAACUCGUUCAACUUCGGUCCCGAUGGAUUUGACAUAUUUUUGAUGUCCUUUUUCUCUACUGGUUUUUGUUGGUAAUGUCACUCUGGAAGUAGUUGCCCAACCAAAGCCCCUUUUCUACAAAGUAACAUGUCGGCAGCUAGCUCAUUAGCUAUGUGGCAGCUACUCUGGAGCUGACAUAUCUAGCUAAUUUGCACAUUUUAUACGGUUGUUGUUCCUUUUUGCGCGUUCAUUUAUUCCCCACGGGAAGUUAUAAUGGCCCAAUUCCAGCGUCCGACACUGUGUUGCUGCCGCAAAGUGCUCACAGUGCCUAGCAAGUCGUGUGAGGGUGGCCAAGGUCUGGGUCAGUGUCGCCUCGUCGACAUCGCCUCUGCGUCCAACUUCCACUGCUUCAAGCUUCGCCACUUCCAUCUCGACCUCCGCCUCAACUUUGCCGUAAAGGAGAUCACUGGGUGGCAAGUCCUGGAACUUGUGGCUAUCCAACCAGGAGUGCAGACUUUGGUUCUGGACACUCACCCAUCCUUGCUAAUUCAGUCCAUAGACUGCAAGGUGCCUGGCACCACCGGUGCCCAGGACAUUUCCCCGUCGCUCAUCUACCGGGUAGACCCAUUCACAGACUAUGGAUCUUCGCUGAAUAUCAGCCUCCCAGCCUACGCGAUACGGCCGCACCGGGCUUUCCAGAUCACCGUUCGCUACACAACAACAGACGGUCCUGCGAUCUGGUGGCUGGACGCAGAGCUGACGUGUGGUCAGACUCGCCCGCUAGUCUUCACUCAGGGCCACUCUGUCUGCAACCGAUCCUUCUUUCCCUGCUUCGACACACCCGCCGUCAAGAGCACCUACACCGCUACUGUCAGGGUGCCGGAAGGUGUGACGGUGUUGAUGAGUGCCUCCCGUAGUGCCUACUCCAAGCAGGACAGGGUGUUCCAGUUCUCCAUGGAGUACCCCGUCCCAGCCUACCUGGUGGCACUAGUGGCAGGAGACCUGCAGCACGUCGACAUCGGCCCCAGGAGCCGGGUGUGGGCAGAGCCGUGUGUACUGACCUGUGCUGUGAGCAAGCUCGGGGGUAGCGUGGAGCGUUGGCUGAAUGUGGCCGAGGACCUCUUCGGACCCUAUGUGUGGGGAAGGUACGACAUAGUGUUCCUGCCUCCGUCGUUCCCGAUCGUGGCCAUGGAGAACCCCUGCCUCACCUUCAUCAUCUCCUCCAUCCUGGAGAGCCGGGAGUUCCUGCUGAUCGACGUCAUCCACGAGAUUGCCCAUGGCUGGUUCGGCAACGCGGUCACCAACGCCACCUGGGAAGAGAUGUGGCUGAGCGAGGGACUGGCCACCUACGCACAGAGACGCAUCACUACCGAGGCCUACGGUGAGGCCUUCACCUGUCUGGAGACGGUGUUCCGUCUAGACGCCCUGCAUAGACAGAUGCGUCUCCUAGGAGACAACAACCCUGUCAGCAAGCUGCAGGUCAAAUUUGAGCCAGGUAUUAAUCCCAGUAGUCUGAUGAACUUGUUCACUUAUGAGAAAGGCUUUUGCUUCGUCUCGUACCUCUCUCAACUCUGUGGCAAUGUCAAGCGCUUCGACAGCUUCCUGAGGGCCUACAUAGAGCAGUUUAAGUUCAGCAGUGUUGUGGCCCAGGACCUGCUCGAUUUCUUCUUGUGCUUCUUCCCGGAGCUGAAGGAGAGCUGUGUGGCACAGAGAGAGGGGUUGGAGUUUGAGCGGUGGCUGAACGCUUGUGGCCCCCCUCUGUGCGAACCGGACCUCUCGGCCGGGGGGGUUCUGACCGGUCCCGUCCAGAGUCUGUGUGACCUGUGGGCCAGCGAACCCCCGGACCCUGAGGCCAUCGCAAACUUUAACCUCUCCUCUUGGAGCACCUUCCAGACCGUUCUCUUCCUGGACAGACUGUUGGACCGCUCGCCCCUCUCACACGAGGUUAUGGGUCAGUUGUCACGCUGCUACUCGGCCCAGCUGGAUGAGAUGAACGCUGAGGUGCGGAUCCGCUGGCUGCAGAUCGUGGUGCGGAACAGCUUCUACCCGGACCUGCCCCGCAUCCGCGGCUUCCUGCACAAACACACGUCGAGGAUGUACACAGUCCCGUUGUACGAGGACCUUUGUUCCGGGGUGAUGAAGUGCUUUGCAGCUGAGGUGUUCUACCAGACACAGGCCCGCCUCCACCCCAACCUGCGACGGACACUCCAGCAGAUCCUGUUCCAGACCAGCGCCUUAUCCACUCCCACAGGCUCUGUCCCCUCCCUACUACACCCCACCCCCUCGUCACCCAGUCCCACCCCCAGGGACCAACUGGGGCCCGCCGACCCCCCCACAACUGGUACUAUCGCACUACGUGACGUCAACGUGUCCGCCUGAGUGGCCGGUAGAAGAGAAGAGAGACAUACAUACACUGUGAGAGAGGGGGGUGGCAUGUUGAAAAAGGUGAAGAACUGUAAGACUUGAAAUGACUGCAGUUUCAGCCAGACAUCAUCUGUGCUUGACUGAGACUGACAGUGAGUGAUGAAGGACCACCGGGUUCAUACACAUGCACACACAUUUACACACUGUGUAUGUACAGUGCAUUCGGAAAGUAUUCAGACACCUUGACUUUUUCCACCUUUUGUUACGUUACAGCCUUAUUCCAAAAUUCAUUCAAUAGUUUUUUUUAAUGACAAAGCAAAAACAGUUUAGACAUUUUUGCAAAUGUAAAAACAAAUAUAAAAACAUAAGCAUUCAGACCCUUUUACUCAGUACUUCGUUGAAGCACCGUUGGCAGUGAUUACAGCAUCGAGUCUUCUUGGGUAUGGCGCUACAAGCUUGACGCCUGUAUUUUUGCUAGUUUCUCCCGUUCUUCUCUGGAGAUCCUGCUCUGUGAUGUUGGAUGGGGAGUGUUGCUGAACAGUUAUUUUCAGAUCUCUCCAGAGAUGUUAGAUCCGGGGUCUGGAUGGGCCACUCAAGGACAUUCAGAUACUUGUCCCAAAGCCACUCCUGUGUUGUUUUGGCUGUGUGCUUAGUGUCGUUGUCCUGUUGGAAGGUGAACCGUCGCCCCAGUCUGAGGUCCUGAGCUCUCUGGAGAAGGUUUUCAUUAAGAAUCUCUUUAUACUUGGCUCCGUUCAUCUUUCCCUUGAUCCUGACUAGUCUCCCAGUCCCUGCCACUGAAAAACAUCACACACAGCAUGAUGCUGCCACCACCGUGCUUCAGCGUAGGGAUGAUGCCAGGUUUCCUCCAGAUGUGUCGCUUGGCAUUCAGGCAAAUAGUUACAUUUUGGUUUCAUCAGACCAAAGAAUCCAAGUUGGCUGUCAUGUGCCUUUUAAUGAGUGGCUUUUGUCUGGCCACUCUACCAUAAAGGCCUGAUUGGUGGAGUGCUGCAGAUAUGGUUGUCCUUCUGGAAGAUUCUCCCAUCUCCACAGAGGAACUCUGGAGCUCUAUCAGAGUAGCCAUUGGGUUCUUGGUCACCUCCCUGACCAAGGCCCUUUUCUCCCGAUUGCUCAGUUUGGCCGGGCAGCCAGCUCUAGAAAGACUCUUAGUGGUUCCCAAAUUCUUCCAUUUAAGAAUGAUGGAGUCCACUGUGUUCUUGGAGACCUUUCAAUGCUGCAGACAUUUGUUGGAACCCAUCCCCAGAUCUGUGCAUGGACAUAAUCCUGUCUCUGAGCUCUACGGACAAUUCCUUCAACUUCAUGGCUUGGUUUUUGCUCUGACAUGCACUGUCACCUGUGGGACCUUAUAUAGACAGGUGUGCCUUUCCAAUCAAAUGAAUUUACAACAGGUGGACUCCAAGUUGUAGAAACAUCUCAAGGAUGAUCAAUGUAAACAAGAUGCACCUGAGCUCAAUUUUGAGUCUCGUAGCAAAGGGUCUGAAUAAUGUAUUUCUGUUUUUUGGGGGGUGUUUUGCAAAAAAAUCCCCAAAAUCUGUUUUCGCUUUAUCAUUAUUGUGUGUACAUUUUAGAUUUAAGUCUGUAACGUAACAAAAUGUGGAAAAAUCAAGGGGUCUGAAUACUUUCUGAAUGCACUAUAUAUGCGUAUUUAUAUGUUGAGUCUGAUUUUUGUAAGCUAACCUUUUGAAACCUCUCUGGGAAGGACAAUGUUGUGUGUGUGUGUGUGUGCGUGCGCGCAUGCACUUCAUGAAUGGAGGUAACCAUCUAUUGACUGUCUGCACACAUGUGUGUCCUGCUUAGCGCUGGGAUUAUGGCUUCAUGAGCCUGCAGCUUGUGCCCUAGACUAAUUUACAGGGAGAGUGAGCCACCAAAUGUCCCUCUGCCCAGUCUGUAGUCAGAGAGGAGAGCCCUGCUGUCCCCAAAUGGCACUCUAUUCCCUACAUAUUGCACUCCUUUUGAUCAGACUGCAUAGGGCAGUGGUUCUCAAACCUCUUCUGGGACCCCCAGACAUCUCACCAAUUAGUUGUGGCCCUGAACUAGCUCACCUGAUUGACAUAGUCAAGGGCUUGAUGGUUAAUUGACAAGCUAAGAGUCAGGUGAGCUAGGUGUGGAAUAGAUCAAAUGCAUAGAAUGGCUGGGGGUCCCUGCGGAGAGGCUUGAGAACUGCUACCAUAGAUGGGGCUAUGGUCAAAAGCAGUACACUAUGGAACCCAGGGCCCAUAGCAUUUGGGACGCAAGCCUCUGUUUGCUACGUUAAACACUACACACUUUAACCCUGCCUUUAAUAAUUACAAUUGAUUAUUUCCACAUUUGGAAUAUCCAACAGGAAGGCUUAUCCAGCAAUAGAUGUGGAAUUCCCCCUGCUCGUUCUCUUCCCUUUACACGUGGGCUGUGUCUCAGUAGUCUAAACAGCCUUCCUCGUCUCCUUGCCCUCAUCUGCACUUAUCUGAAAGAAUUGAAAAUUCACUGAAAUGAAAGUCCAGUCGGCUAAAUGGAGUGUGCUUCUUUGACAACUUUGCUUUUACUAAUCAACUCCCUUAAGUAGGGAAGGUUGGUAGGCCUACUACUUUACACUAUUGAGACGCAGCCCUCACAGUGCAAAACCCUCUCCCAUAGGGCUGUCGUGAGAAGGGAGAGGGUAAGGCCACACGUGCCUUCAAACUGGAGCUCUGCUAUUCAUCUGGGUCACGUUCAGUCCUGUAACGUGCAUCCACCUAUCCAGGUGGCGUGCAACUUUACAGGACCUUCAGAUAGGAAUUUAUUGAACAGACAUGUUUCUUUGUCCUGAAGAAUAGGGAAUCGUUGUCAGCUAUAUAGAACGUGGCACUCUCCUGAAUGCGACCCUUGUCAACAGUGUCUGGACUUCUCUCGUUCAGGCUUGACUGCCAUUUCCAAAGCUACAGAUCAUUUUGAUUCUGUGAUUGACUAAAGAGAGGGGUGGGGUGUGUAUGUCAGUGACGUUAUUAAUGAAUAGCUGGGCUGAAAUGUUAACCAUGAUUUUGUACAAGUUUUGUUUUAAUGUUUCCUCCCAACAUUAUUAUUUAUGAAUUGUGAACGGGCUGUACCUCUCAGCAUAGAAAUGUGAGGGGCAGAAUGUUUGUUUUGAUGAUAACAUGAGAUUACAUUGUUAAACAGUGACAGUCUUCAGCUAUCCUCCGAUGCCUUACUUAAUGUACAGUAUUGUUACUGUACAACAGAGGGGAUAGACUAGCAGGUUUGUCUCCAAUGUUUUACAAGUAAUAAAAAAGCCUUGAGACUCAA